GCCCGGGCGCAAGAUGGCGGCGGAGCGGCGGGGCAGCGGCGGCCGCGGCGGGGCCGGGGCGGGAGGAGGAGGAGGCGCCGAGGAGAACAAGGAGAACAAGGAGAACAAGGAGAACGAGAGGCCGGCGGGGCUGCAGGCCGGCAGCCUCGGCGACAGCCUGGGCCUGGAGAUCCUGCAGAUCGUGAAGGAGUCCCAGCAGCAGCACGGGUUGCGCCACGGAGACUUCCAGAGGUACAGGGGUUAUUGCUCCCGUAGGCUGAGGAGGCUCCGGAAAACUCUCAACUUCAAGAUGGGAAACAGGCACAAGUUCACUGGGAAGAAAGUCACUGAAGAGAUUCUCUCAGACAACAGGUACUUGCUGUUGAUCCUGAUGGAUGCAGAGAGGGCCUGGAGUUAUGCCAUGCAGCUGAAGCAGGAGGCAAACACGGAGCCUCGCAAGCGGUUCCACUUGCUGUCUCGCCUGCGCAAAGCGGUGAAACAUGCUGAGGAGCUGGAGCGGCUCUGUGAGAGUAACAGGGUGGAUGCCAAGACAAAGCUGGAAGCCCAGGCAUACAUGGCUUACCUCACAGGAAUGCUUCGUUUUGAACACCAGGAGUGGAAGGCAGCAAUGGAGGCUUUCAACAAAUGCAAGACCAUAUAUGAAAAACUGGCCAAUGCUUUCACAGAAGAACAAGCUGUGCUGUAUAACCAGCGUGUGGAGGAGAUCUCACCCAACAUUCGUUACUGUGCCUACAAUAUUGGUGACCAGUCUGCUAUGAAUGAGUUGAUGCAGAUGAGACUGAGGUCUGGUGGCACUGAAGGUCUUCUGGCAGAAAAACUGGAGGCACUGAUCACCCAGACUCGAGCCAAGCAGGCAGCCACCAUGAGUGAGGUGGAGUGGAGAGGAAGAACUGUUCCUGUCAAGAUAGACAAAGUGAGGAUCUUCUUGCUGGGGCUGGCUGACAAUGAAGCAGCCAUUGCUCAGGCAGAAGAUGAGGAAACAAAGGAACGUCUGUUUGAGUCUUUGCUCAGUGAGUGCAGAGAUGCCAUUCAGGCUGUUCGGGAGGACCUGAAACCAGACCAGAAGCAGCGGGAACACUCUCUGGAAAACGAUUCUGGGAAGGUGUCCAACAUCCAGUAUUUACACAGUUACUUGACUUACAUCAAGCUGUCCACAGCCAUCAGACGCAACGAGAGCAUGGCCAGGUCCCUGCAGAAGGCCCUGCUGCAGCAGCCGCGCCCCGAGGAGGACGGGAAACGCGCCCCGCGGCCCCAGGACCUGAUCCGCCUCUACGACAUCAUCCUGCAGAACCUCGUGGAGCUGACACAGCUUCCUGGCCUAGAAGAGGACAAGAACUUCCAAAAAGAGAUUGGAUUGAAGACACUUGUGUACAAAGCUUACAGGUGUUUCUUCAUUGCACAGUCCUAUGUCCUGGUAAAGAAAUGGAGUGAAGCUCUUGUUUUGUAUGAAAGGGUGUUGAAAUAUGCCCGUGAAGUUCAGUCAGGAGCUGGAGCUUACACCAACAGCUUGAAGGAGCUGCCUGAUGUUCAGGAUCUGAUCACUCAAGUCAAUGCAGAGAAAUACUCCAUGCAAGCAGCAGCUAUAUUAGAUGCAAAUGAUACUCAUGAGGCUGAAUCUCCAUCUCAGGUCAAGGAUGGCAAGCCACUCUCAGAACGGUUUGAGACUUUCUGUCUGGAUCCUUCUCUUGUCAGCAAGCAAGUCAGCCUCGUGCACUUCCCUCCUGGCUUCCAGCCCAUUCCAUGCAAACCCUUGUUCUUUGACCUGGCCCUUAACCAUGUUGCUUUCCCACCUCUGGAGGACAAGGUGGAGCAGAAGGCCAAGAGUGGCCUCACAGGAUACAUAAAGGGCAUCUUUGGAUUCAAAAGUUAACCAGGACCCCCUGAGGAGCCAGAGGUUUUAUUCUGUAUUGAAAGAAGAGCUCCAAGAGGCUUUAGGACACAGAUCCCUGCACCUGAAACCAACAGAGGGAAGUUUUGCCAUCUUCUUCCCUGUGUUCUGUGUAUAUUCCCGUGCACUUGUCUUCUCUCCCAGUGUCUUGAAGACAAACAACCAGUUCAGAAAUACACAUGCACUCUAUAAAUAGCUGAAAAUAAUCUGGAGCACAGAGAAACCACAUUCUGCUUUGGAGAAGAUGGAGCUUGCUUGUGACCAGUGGCCUGUUCAGGGUUGGUACACAUCUACUUACCGUGGACCAGAGCCUUGGUAUAACUUGGUUCCUCCCUCUGCCCCAUUAUUUGAUACUAUAAUUUGGUCUUUUGGUCUAGAAAUCUGGUUGUGAUGUGGAAACAGAGGCAAAAGUAGAUGCAGAAUUAAACCAGCAAGGUGAACUAAACCAGCUGCCUACAGGAGGGCUAUGAAACAGUAGCCAAGGGGGGUAACUUCUCCUUCCCUUUCCACUCCCAUUUUAAAGUCUGUAUUUAAAAAAAAAAAUGUAACAUUCAGAAAUGACAAAAUAGAGCCUCUUUCCUUACCAAUAAGGAUGGCAGACACCAAAUAUUAAUGGUUACCCAGUUGUGGUGGAGUAGAACCUGGAUUUGUACUCUGGGCCAAUAGGAUCCUUCUUUGUUGAUACGUGUUUUGUUAAAUACCUAAAUACAGUAUAGAACCUAUUCCUGCAAGGCUUUUCCUGGGAAACUGGCUUCAUGGGUAGCUUUAGAAACAGCUACUUGCUCUUCAUGGGAAGUUGGGUGUCUUGAUGUUUGUUUUUUUUGUCUCUGAUCUAAACCUUGUCUGAAAACAAGGUCAUUUUUUUUCUGGACUUCAUCUGUUGCUUUUUACUCGUCCUUGGAUAGUAGAUAGACCUGAAAUGAGGAAUAAGCAACAGGAGAUCAGUAGGUUCUUGAGUAGGUGACCUCUGUCAUGCCAUGCAGCUUUUUCUUUUGGUUGUUUUUCUAAAGCACCCAGGUACUUGGUGACAGGCACUUCAGAAUGCGGGUAAUUCCAUAAUCAUCCUUGAAAUGGGAAAAAUAACACAGCACAUGGGCAGAACUGUUCCUAAAUAAAGUAUUUGGAAGCUUUCACCAGCAGUGUUUGGAUUUUCACUCAGUUUGUAGCUGGAAGGUGAAACAGCAGUUUGUUCUAGCUGCCUUAACUCUUCACUGGUGGUCUUGAAGUUGGGUUGUGUCUCCAUGGAGUUAAUAGGGAUGGAGACAUAAAACCUGUUUAAAAUGAUUGGAUUGUUGUUGUCAUGGGGAUGUUCCAUGCAAGGUGCAUGUCAGAUGAAUUAACAGUUCCCACUGUUGUAAUAUGAAUGUUUGCUUCUUUGUCCCAAGUUGAUCUGAUUUGUGAGUUCUCAAAGUACAAAGCAGCUUUCCAGAGGACUCUGUGCUCAGAAAGAGGUAAGAGCAGGAGGAGGAACUUCUUGGUUUGUGUUUCAUUUUUGCAACAUGAAAACAAAACGGGAGUUUCUGGUGUUCUAGCUAAUUCCAUUUGCCCCUGGUUGCCAGGGGGAUUUUACAAGAGAAAGUGCAGAGCUGAAAGAAAUGUGUGAGACUCUAUUUAUCAGAUCAAAUUUCUGGAAAGCAGGAAUGGCAGAUUUCUCUUCCCCAUGAAGCCUGUUUCCUUCCAGGAAAGGAAAAGUCACACGAUAACCUGUGGAGGCAUCAGCUGGUUGAUCUGCUUCAUGGUACCUCUUUCUGCCUUCAUCUCAGCUUCUCUCUCCUUUUCAGCUUUUGUAUCAAAUCACUUGGAGAACUGUUCUGUUUGGUUUGCAAACCAAACUCCUUCCUUGCUUUUCUCCUGGAUUGAUUCCAGUGAAACUUGUACUGUGGUCAUUUUCUAAUUGGUUACUGUUAUGAAAAGCCAAGAGCCAUUGGCCUCUUUGUGUUAAACACCUUCUGACAGAGAACUGAUUAGCUGAACACAGAUAAGAGAUCUGAAAACAAUAAAGUUUUAUUCCUGA